AGCGUGCUGGAGACUGUUGGACUGUAGGGGUGGAGGAAUGCCUAAAUCAAAGGAACUUGUUUCUUCAAGCACUUCGGGCAGCGAUUCUGACAGUGAAGUUGAAAAGAAGUUAAAAAGGAAAAAGCAAGUUGCUCCUGAAAAACCUGUAAAGAAGCAGAAGACUGGUGAAACUUCCAGAGCUCUGGCCUCCCCCAAGCAAAGCAGCAGCAGCAGAGAUGACAACAUGUUUCAGAUUGGGAAAAUGAAGUAUGUCAGCGUUCAAGAAUUUAAAGGGAAUGUUCUAAUUGAUAUUAGAGAAUACUGGAUGAAUCAGGAUGGUGAAAUGAAACCAGGAAGAAAAGGUAUUGCUUUAAAUCCGGAGCAGUGGAGCCAGCUGAAGGAACAAAUUUCUGACAUUGAUGAUGCAGUAAGAAAACUGUAAAACCUGAGCCAUAUAAAACCUGUACUGUUCUAGUUGUAUUAAUCUGUCUUUUUACAUUGGCUUUUGUUUUCUAAAUGUUGUUUUACACACUGUUGUAUAUUUGGAUUGCAGAACAAUUUGUAAGUUU